AUGGAUAAUUUGGACUAAAUGAAUGAACUUUUGAACUUGUUUUUAUAACAAAAUUAGGAUAAAUUUGUCUCAAUCAUAUUGAAAGUUUAAUAAGAGUUGUUAUCUGUAUUAAAGAACUACAGCGACAAUCUUAAUGAGAUAUAAAUUAAUUCAUUCUAAUCAAAUCUAGGGAAAUAGGAUGUCAAAUACUAAUUAAUUUAAAAUAUAAAAGAAAGUCCUAUUUACUCUUUUUCAUUUAAUUGCACUUCCUCAAUGCUUGCUGCAGGUUAUUCAACAGGUUAGAUUGCUAUAUUUGAAUUAGGAACAGAAUAAAUUAGAAAAUAGUAAAUAUUAAAAGAGCAUAAAGGAUCUGUUUAUUCAAUUGAAUUUUUUUAUCAGAAGGACUGUUUUAUUUCUGGAGGUCAAGAUAGGAUGAUUUUAAUAUGGUCUUUUGAAAACAAACUCUGGAUUUGUUAGUAAAGAAUAGAUGCUCAUUCAGAUUGGGUGAGCCAUCUUAUUAUUAAUAAGAAUAAUACUCUCAUUAUCUCUAGUAGUGGAGAUAAGACUAUCUAGUUUUGGAAUAAAGAUGAAUUAUGGAAACGUUGCUAAACUAUAAAUGCUCAUUUAAAUACAGUUAAUAGUUUAAGUUUAAAUGAUUCUGAAGAUCAAUUGAUCUCAUGCUCAUGUGAUCAUACAAUAAAAAUAUUUGAAUUCAAUAAUUCAAAUUGGAUAAUACUUUAAACAAUCAAAUUAGAUAAAUUAGGGUUUAGAUUAUGUUUUAUUAAUAAUUUUACAUUUGUUUUCCAUUCUGAAAAUUCAAUAAAUUUAAGUGUCUAUAAACUCAGUUAAUCAGAUGGUUAAUAUCAUCAUAUAAAAAAUGUUUUGAUCGAAAAUGGGGAUCAUUGUGGCAAUUUAUUCCCUUCUAAAUACAUAGGAUCUAAAAAUAUUAUAUUAACUAAAAAUGGAUCUAAAGUAAAUUUGAUUAAAAUAUCUUCUGAUGGAGAAUUUUUAUUAGAAGAAGUUAUUGAUUUUGGUACUAGAAAUUUAUUUGGAAAUAUAUCAUAUGAUGGUGAAUAUAUAGCCACAUGGGAUAAGAUUACAAAAUAGGUACAAAUUAGAAAAUUUGUUCAAUGA